AUGUGGCUCAUGGGGGAGGUGUCAAUCACGCUCCCGGGACGCCGGAGAGAUCGGGCUCCAACUUCGCGGUUUGGGCGGAGCAGCGCGCUUCAGCCGCAGGUUUCUGCCACAGGGAUGCCGUCCGCGCCCUCCCGGGUCACCAUCGCGGCCGGCGGCACGCAACAGCGCGAGCAUGAUAGCGACGCCGACCACCUUGGCGUGGCGCUCGACGCCGAGCAGGCGGCCAAGGCGCUCGAGCUGGAGCCGGCCAGCGCAGAAGUCGCCUACCACCAUGCGUCCUACCUCCGCUCGUUUGGCGACCUGCUCCGCGCGAGGCAGAUGCUCUCCGACGCGGCGCUCGUGCACGCUGAGGAGCCCGCGAUUGCAUCGUCGCUCGGCUACCUGCUGCUCUCUGAGCGCGGCGCCGCCGGCGCUGCUGCCCGCCGCCACGGACUGCAGGUCUUAACUCGAGCGGCAGAGAGCGGAGCGUGGCGCGGCGGAGCUCCGUGGCAGCAUCCCGUCGAGUACCUGUCCGCCGUGCCACCCCCGCCGGCGGGCGGCGUUCGCCCGCGCGGAGCGUACGAGUGCCUCCUCUCGCCGCUCGAGGGGGCCGCCGCCGACCUCGCCGCCGAGGCGGCUGCGGCGCUGGAGCGCUUCACGGUGCAGACCGAGGGCAUCGCGAGGCCGCAGGGCGGGUGGCGCGAGCUCGACCUGUUUGACGUGAUCGGCAGGCCGUCGAGCCUCGACGACGACGUGCAAGGCUCCGCGCCGGCUGACGCUGCGGUCGAGGUUGCGUGGCGCGAGGCCGAGGGGUUUGUGUGGGACGACUCGCCGCGCAUCGUGCUGCUGCUUCUGCUCCUUCACCCGGCGAUGACGCGGAUGCCCAUCUGCCCCGCUCUCGACGCAAGCUAG